UAAAAAGCGGCAGUCCUCGCGCUGGAGGGUUAGUUCAAGACCUUUUUUUCACACAGGAGGACACUGGCGGGCAUUGAUCUAUAUAUUUAAACAUAUAAAACACAGAUCUCAUCCGAUCACUGGAACAAUGAAGCCUUCCCAACUCAAACCUCAAGCGCGCUUCGUCCACCAGGAGGAUCUGAGCGACGUGCUGGGAGAGUUCGACGCGGUGAUGGAGGACUUCACGUCGCCGGUGGAGAAGCGACACUUCCGGUACGACGAGCACCUGAAGACGGCGAAGAGGAGGAGCAGCGCGAGCGUCAGCGACAGCGGCAUCAGCGACUCCGAGAGUGCAGAGUCGCUGAACAGGAACAGCUUCAGCUUCAGUGACGAGAGGCUGAACUCCCCCACCAUCAGCACACCUCCUCUCGUGUCCCCGAAACCCAAACUCGGCGACACAAAGGAACUGGAGGACUUCAUCGCCGACCUCGACCGGACGUUAGAGAGCAUGUGACGACGUCGUGGAGAGGAGCCAUGAGGGAGGGAGGGAGUGGAUGCCUGGACCCCCCCCUCCAACACCCAAGCAGCUAACAUGCACCCCCCCCCCCCCCACUUUGGCAGUAAACCACCCAACAGGACGCAGCUGGUUGGCACGGCAACUUGGCUCCACCGCGGCGUCCUGAAGUCACCGCUGGCUCCACGUUGCAUUGUGGGGGAAGCUGAGGACCCUCCGUGGGAUGUGUGCUGCAGAGAGAGUCACUGGAACAUAAACCCCCCCCCCCCCCCCCAGCAGACCAGGUCACGCUCCCUCAUCCAAAACUUGAGCUGGAAAAGUAUUUAAAAAGGGCUUUUUAUAAUAGAAAUAUAAGAAAAUUUAACAGAGCUUCUUAUUGUAAAUUUGUCAGUCUUUUUUGGGGAAAUAUAUUUUUAUAUCUAAUGUAAAUAUUAAUUGCUUUGAGUUCUAUUUGCGUUGGCAUUAAUCCCUGAUGGAAAGCGAUAUGUGUAUUUAAUACAGCUAAUGCCUGCCGGACGUGAUAUUAAAGAAUGAAAUGUUGUUCUUUUACUGAAA